GCAGAAGAAGAAGAAGAGGAAGAAGAUGGCGCGGUGUUGGAUGUAAACAAAGAUGUUGUAGACUGACUUUAACCGUUUGAUGAAGAAGAAGGUUUAACAUCGGAAAAAUAAAGAGUCAGACUAGAGGUUUGUUUCUGCCGGCAGCACGAUGCUAACGCAGCUAGCUUAACCGGCUAAUUUAUUUAGCUCCAUCAGUUAUCCAACUGUAGUGAUGCAGACUGAAGCCACACACAGCUCAGGGUGAACACGGUCACCACUGAAGGAGGUCAAAUAUUUAAUGUUUGAUAUUUAAUCAUAUUACAACACAGCAGGAAGGGGUCAGCUCGGUUUAUGUAACAGCACCGAGAGAGGCUGUUGCUGAGGAGCACUGCUGUUUCCAACCAACAGUCAGAUUCACCUCCAACCAGCUGCUGCUCCACCCGAUCCACUGUGAAGACCUGGCCCAGACCAGUCCAGUCUGACCUGCUCUGACCUGGUCCAGGUGGUGAUGGCGGGUCGAGGUGGUGGGCGAGGUCGGAGGAUGAUGACCUUCAGCGUGGAAGCAGUCGGCAUCAACAGAGGAGACAGUUUACCUCCAUCCAUCCAACAGCCUACACCUCUGUUUCCUGUGAUGGAGCAGAAGCCCCUCCCCCUCAUAGCUGGAGAGGAGGCGGAGUAUCUGUUAGCUCUCAAACAGGAGUUCAGAGGAGCCAUGAAGAGUCUGCCCUGCUUCAUACAGCCAGCUGCUGCACAGAGAGAUGUGGAGAGGUACUCUGAUAAAUAUCACAGCAGCGAGCAGACGGACGCGCUGACGGACUGGAGUCCAGACUGGAAAAGAUUCCCUAAAGAACUCAGAGUGAAGAAACCUUCCAAAGACGGUGUCUCAGCAGCUGUCAGUCGCUCUGACCGACCGCAGUCAGGUCAGAAGAAGAAAAAAGUGAAAGAGAAAGAAGAAGUGCUGCUCAAACUGGAGACUCUGCAGAAGAAGGAGGAGCAGCAGAGCUCGGAGGAGGAGGAAGAGGAGGAGGAGGGAGAGGAGAAGAAGAAGAAACAGGAGGAAGAGGAGGCAGAGGGAGAGGAGGAGUAUGAUGAGGAAGAGUUUGAGGAGGAGACGGAUUACGUCAUGUCGUACUUUGAUAACGGAGAGGAGUUUGGAGGAGACAGUGACGACAACAUGGACGAGGCUAUUUACUGAAACACUGAACAUGCACUGACACACAAAACACACUCACAACACAUAUACACACACUGAACACACACACACUCAUCAGAUUUUAUCAGACAGCAUUUUGUCACUUUUUACAGCAGAAAGAAAAAACGUCCAGCAACAGUUUUAUAAACAGAUCGGACCCAAAGAACGAGUGAAUGAGUGAAUGAUUUAAUGAGUGAAAGAAUGAACGUCAGCUGAAGACGACCCGUCAGGAUUUAUUCGUCCGUAGACUUGAAGUUUCUGUAGAAACUGAGUUCACUGAAGUUUUUUAAGAUUUUGUAUCAAAGUUUUAUCUGUUUUAUCUUUGUUGUGUUAAAAAAGUGAAUUUUUUCUGUUUGUUUGUUUGUUUGAAAAUAAACUGAUAAACAGCUA